AUGGGCUCAAAACUACCGCUCAAGAUAUCCCUGAGCACUGAUCGUCUCGCAGUUUCUGGGAUCACGACAUCAGACCACGACAUCCGUAACUCUCGCUCUGCAACGCAACAAGCGCACAUCCUCUACAUCAAAUCGUUUCACGAAAGAGACUGUGCAAUCAUGGGGCUUUUCGGCACGCGUGGCGAGUCUAUCUCAGCCUACAACUUGAUGCCUUCAUUCCUUACCUACUUUGGUCUAGACACGGCCGUGAAUGCUCCCCAGUUGUUCGGCGCCAUCAACGGCCUCUUUCAGGGCGGCGGUCUCUUCGGUACCCUCAUGGCCGGGGUCACGGGAGACAAGCUUGGACGUUGCAAGGCUAUGUUUGUGGCUUGCCUCUUUGCCAUCACCGGCGGAGCUCUGCAGGCCGGUUCUGUCCAUAUUGCCAUGUUUCUGGUUGCGAGAUUCGUUGCCGGAUUGGGCAUCGGCGGACUGGUCAUGCUGGUGCCCCUCUGGCAGAGCGAAGUUGCGCCCCCUCAUUCCCGAGGACUUCUCGUCGGCCUUCACGGAGUGUCUAUCCUGAUCGGAUACGCCUCUUCGGCCUGGGUUGGCUUUGCCUUCUACUUUGUCAACGCGGGCGGCUCUCAGUGGCGGCCCCCUCUCGCAAUCCAGUGCAUCUUCCCGCUCAUUCUGGCCUGCGGACUGUACCUGAUUCCCGAGUCGCCCCGCUGGCUGAUUGAGAACGACCGCAUCGAGCAAGCACAGCUCAUUCUCAAGAAGAUCCACCAAAAGGCAAACAACGCAGAUAGCCAAGAAUUCGUCCGCCGAGAAUUCAACCAGAUCCAUAGCCAGCUCGCCUUCGAGAGGACAUUGCCGAGCUCAUGGAGCUCCAUCUUCACUAUCCCUCACUACCGCAAGAGGGCCAUCAUCGGGUUUUCUACGCUGCUUGCCGGUCAGCUCACUGGAACGAUGGUGAUCAACAACUAUGGCCCUGGACUCUACAAGUCGCUAGGUCACAGCGACAGCGCGUCCCUCGCUCUGGCAGCUGGCUGGCUGACUGAAGGCAUCGUGGUCAACUUCCUCAAUGCCUUGAUGCUCGACUACUUUGGGCGCAAGUGGCUGAUGACUGUGGGCAUGGCUGGCUGCGCAGUUGCCCUUCUGGGCGUCAGCAUUCUUAUCGCGGUGUAUGGCGGGACAACCAACAAGGCAGGCAACAGUGCUGCUAUCUUCUUCUUGUACCUGCAUCUGACCUUCUAUGGUGGUUGUAUGGAUGCCUCGACCUAUGUCUACGGCUCGGAGAUCUGGCCUACACACCUUCGGGCCAAGGGGUUCGCGAUUUCUUGCGCGGGUCUGUUUAUCGGCUCGCUCUGUCUCCUGGAAGCCGCACCGACUGCCUUUCAGACGAUUGGCUGGCGGUUUUACUUGAUCAUGAUGUCUUUCAGCAUUAUAUUCUCCGUGCUGUUUGCGCUUUAUUGGCCCGAGACCAAAGGCCUUACUCUUGAGGAGAUUGCUGCCAAGUUUGGCGAUGAAUUGGCCAUCUCGGAGGGCGAGGGAGAAAAGGCUGACGAGACCACCUCGACCGUGACUAAUAGCAAAGACGGAGAGAAAACGCCUAUUUGA